AUGCGUGUCCUGGAAGGCUCAGAGAUCGCUUACGACGACCAAGCGCACCGUUGGAUAGUUCUCGGUUACGUCUACUCCUCAACUGGAGCCCACACUCCCUCCACAGCGUAUGACGAAGAGGACGAGCCCGACACCGUACGCGAACGCAUGCGAGCGUACAUGCAUGCCGAGUAUCUCGCCCGUCCUAAAGACAGCCCCUCCAUCGUAGGCACCUAUUUGAUCGACUGCAAAGCCCUCUACGACCCAUGGCCGGAUCAGCCCAUUCUUUCAAUCCGCACGACUUCGCUGCCUGGAGUUUAUCAGGCCUCGUACAACUUUGGCAGGACCAUGGGACCCAUCAUGCUCAGCACCGACAGGAAGCUUCUGGCCUACUUCACCGGGGAGGAUGGCGAGGAGCACGGGGAGGAGGAUGAAGAAGAGGAUGGUGAGGAGGACCGGGAAGAGGAUGGAGGGGAGGAUGGUGAGGACGACGGGGAUCGCGAGGAAGCCAAGGAGGAGGUUCACGAAGAGUCCGAGGCUGAGCCGCUGGUCUACCACACUGUCAUGCGCUCCUGGUGCGUCAACAGCGGGGACAUGAAUUAUGAACCCGAGCGAGGCACUAUCAGGUUUUCGCCCAACUUCGCCACCUUCGCCGGCAUCUCGGACAUGACGUACGAGGGCGAUGACGUUCCCUACACCGGCCGCAAGAUCUCGAGUAAGCCUGGGCUGCGCUUGCAGUGGGAGGAGUACUGUAGUGCGGCCGCCCGUUGGUGA